CAGCCGUUCAUUUCCCCGCGAUUGUCCAUAGCAGGAGACCAACUGAGUCCGCAACCUGUCUUCCUCGAUCCAAGAUCACAACCAACUGGCCUUUGAGGACUGAUGAAAACAUGGCCGAUCUUUUACUGUUCACAUUCCUUCUGAUCAGGGCGGCUGUCGCGGCAAGCUGCGCGGAUGGAAACACAAUUCAAUUCCGCGUUGGGAACUGUACAAUCCGGUCGCCAAACGAGCCAGAAGUGCAGUCUUGGGGAGCCGAAGUUGCUCUUAACAAUGAGAGAACGAUAUGCAUGGUUCCUUCAACGGUGCUCAACGAUACCUUCUUAACGACAACCAGUCUUUGCCAGUCGUCCGAGCAACUCAAAGUCCACCAAGUCGACAUGACCCCAGCGCAGUGUGCCUCGAGAAGGGGAGGACCAGUUUCUGCCGACAAGUUCAAGGGAGUGCCACUCAGCAAUCUGGUGCAGAAUCCAGGAUGGACCUUACUGAACAACACUAUUGAGGAUGCCGUCGAGGUGAGCAUGCAGCUGUCAAGACAGGCCAUCACAACAACUGUCGGAUUGAUCACCAAAGGCCAAAACUCGGCAGCAUCUCAUCUAGGGCUUGCAACAGACUCAUCCAUCUUGAAGGUACUAAAGGGUCAAGGUUUGAUCGUCGCAAGAUCGUUUGGAUUGAACGUUGGAUCGCAAAGUGUUCAGUCGCCGCGAGGUGGAAGUCUUGUGCUCGGAGGCUACGACCAAGGAAGUGUUGCCAAUCCAUUCCUUCACGAAUUUCCGAUUCCGCAAAACGACAGACUCCAGGAUCGGCAUUGCCCCCUGCAGGUCGAAUUAACUGGACUGACGCUUGAGAUAAAGAUGGCAAAUGCGAGUGAAACAGAAAGCAGGGACAUCUUCAGCAAAUCAACCGGAAUAACAGUCUGUGUUGAGCCAUACGACAAUUUGUUCCGCUUGCCCUCAGAAACCCUCUCCGCUUUGCUCGGCUAUGUGAACCAAACCACUGAACAACGCACCCACUUGGUACCAGUUACUGAGUAUGCAGACGAGUUGGUGAAUCUCGAACCUGGUUUGGUCUAUCGGAGAUCAUCUGGAGAGUUCAAUGCGGCGCUACGGUUUACCAUCAAUGACAAGAUGACAGUGGAGGUGCCAUUUCACGAGCUUCAGAGACCAUUGAGGGGCCUUGAUAGCAACGGGGCUGCCGUUUUGAACACAUCCUAUAACGAACUGCAAAUAUUUGGUGAUCCAGCUCCUGGAAAUGCGCCAGUCCUGGGAAAAGCUUUUCUUUCACAGGUGUAUCUUUUCGUCGAUUACGAUGCUGGAAAGUUCUAUAUGGCACCUCUGAACAGCGAAGCGGGUGCGGUGCUGCCGGUUGCGACAGGAACUUGUCCCUCAGGGGGGCUGACAGCCACCGAAAAAGGCCUCAUCGCUUUGGGGGCCGUCUUGGGUGCUCUGGUUCUUGCUAUUCUCGCAUGGGCUAUCUAUAGAUGGCGCCGAAGACGCAACCCACGCAUCAACGGCACAGAGGCUCAAGCUAUGGACCAUGCUCCAGGUAAUGCGACAUCUGGCGCACAAAAUCGAUCAGUUGUGGGAACUGGUCAGUUUCCAAGUCGGAACAGGUCCCAAGAGAUGCAAGACACACUGUCACAGAACUCGGCCGCGGGUGCGGAUAGUGGUUUUGCCAUUGGACAUGCACCUUUCGGACAUCUUUCACGGCAAUCUGUGGAAACGGGGCGGAGUUAUGAGAGUCCACCACAAAGGCCAACUCAUACCGGGAUAGUAUAA